AUGGCUCCUAGAAUCCUCGUUGUUCUCACUAGCCGAGCUAAGAUGAACAAUGGUGCACCCACUGGGUGGUAUUUGCCUGAGUUUGCACGACCCUAUUACCACUUGAUUGGUCCAGAUGAGACAAAACCCAGAGCUGAAAUUGUCGUUGCGUCCCCUGCUGGUGGUGUGGCUCCGAUAGACGAAGUGUCAGUGAAGAACUUUAAGGACCCUGCGUCAGUUAAAUUCUAUGAAACCAGGAAGAAUCUCUGGGAGAAAACAGCAGCCCUUAAAGAGUUUCAUGGAAAGGCAUCCGAGUUUGAUGCUAUUUUCUAUCCUGGUGGUCACGGGCCCAUGUUCGACCUUGUUGACGACAAGGAUUCCAUCAAGCUGAUCGAGGAAUUCUACAAUGCCGGUAAAAUUGUUGCAGCUGUCUGUCAUGGCCCUAUUGCUUUCGUGAACGCCGUUGUGGACGGGAAACCGCUCCUCAAUGGUCGCGUGGCCACUGGGUUCAGCAACGCAGAAGAAGAUGCCAUAAAACUGACUGAAUACAUGCCUGCUCUGUUGGAAGACGAAAUCAAGCGGGUUGGUGGCACCUAUGUCAAAUCGGAUGCGCUCUGGAAGGAGCAUGUUGUCGUUGAUGGGCGGAUCAUCACAGGCCAGAACCCAAACUCUGCCCAAGGUGUUGGUGCUGCGAUUGCUCAGGCGCUCGGUAAGUUUGGCACCUUUUGA